AUGGCACCCGUCGCAGUCGUCCCUAACACAAACACUGAAUUCGUUACAAACCUUAAGACCUCUGUUGUCUCUCAACAACCCAAUACUCUUCAUGAUGUCAUCGCUCAAGCUGUCGACCGCUAUCCGUUCCACGAGCUUGGUUUCAUAACCUCCUCGGCACAUGACUCCUCCAUUCAGACGAAGACCUUCAGCACGUUCAACCAACAUGUUCGCAAUCUUGCAUGUGCCAUGCAAGAAUGGGGCAAACCUACAGGCUCAGUCGUUGUCGUGUACCUGACGGAGCACGAAGACAAUAUGACUACUGUAUGGGCAUGUCUGCUGGCUGGUUACGUGCCCUGCUUACAGCCCGCACUUAGUGCGCAACAAGCGCACAAGGAGGGCCAUGUCACCCACAUCAAGAACUUGUUUGGGUCUGCUACUUGGUUGACCAGCGAACUAGGGGCUGAGCAGAUCAGCACCAUUUCUGGUCUGGAUGUUCAUCUGCUCUCCGAAUUAAAGAGGUCAGCGGAGAAAUUUACUGUUACAGCAGACUGGGUUGCAUACGAGGCUAAGCCUGACGAGGAGGCGAUCUUGUUCCUGACCUCAGGGUCAACUGGAUUCUCGAAGGUGGUCGUACACACGCACCGUACGAUCCUUGCUGCAUGUCGUGCCAAGGGCCAAAGCUACGGCCUGACUUCCAAAUCUCGAGUCUUGAACUGGGUCGGAUUUGAUCACGUCGCGGGAUCGUUAGAAAUGCACAUCACACCUCUGUUAUAUGGUGCUUCGCAACUUCACGUGCACGCAUCUGCUAUCCUUGCUGAUCCCCUUCGGCUACUCCGUCUGAUCGAUGAAAAGUCCAUCGAAUUGGCAUUCGCCCCGAAUUUCCUGCUCUCCAAGCUGACUCGUGAUCUGGAGAAGCGCACCGACCUCUUUGGCUGCUUCGAUCUAUCCUCAAUCAAGCGGAUCAACAGUGGAGGUGAAGCUGUUGUUUCCAAGACCGCGAAAGCGUUCGCUGCCAUGAUGAAAAAGUUUAGCAAAAACUCCUCGUCCUUUGUGAUAUCUGCUGGAUUUGGAAUGACAGAAACUUGCGCCGGAUGCAUUUACAACCCUGUGGAUGUCCUCGCAAGCGAGCCUGCUCACGAGUUCCUUGAUCUCGGACGUCCCAUCAAUGGUUGCGAGAUGCGCAUCGUUGAUCCCGUAGAUGGCGUCACCCUGCGCCCCGACGGGGAGAUUGGGGAGCUGCAGGACACGUCCUCCAGCUUUGUUGAAGGCGGCUGGUUCCGCACCGGCGAUGUUGGUAUCAUUGAGAAUGGUGUCAUGCGCCUUCGCGGUCGUAUCAAGGAUACCCUCAUCGUCCAUGGUGUCUCAUAUAGUAUCACUGAGCUUGAAACGUACCUGCAAACCGCUGACGGGGUCAUGCAUUCGUUCCUCGCUGCUGGCCAGGAUACCGAAGGUUUCAUUAUUUUCUACUCGCCAACUUUCGACCUUGAUGGAGCAGAUGCCUCUACCAAGCUCUUCGCCACGCACCGGGCCUUGCGGGAUAUCUCUGUGAAGAUGAUCACCCUGCCACCUCAGAUCAUCAUACCUAUCCCUGUGAACCAGAUGGAGAAGACCACUCUCGGUAAGCUGUCUCGUGCGCGUCUGAUCAGCCUCUUCACGCAGGGCCAGCUUGCGAAGCACAUCGACCGCUCCGAGGAGCUUCUCAGUGAGGCACGCGACGCUACAUUCGUCGCCCCGUCCACUGAGACGGAGAAGGUGCUUGCCAAAAUAUAUGCUGGCAUCUUCAACCUCGCGGAAAGCGAGAUGUCGGCAAGCCACAACCUCUUCGAACUCGGCGGCACUUCUAUUGAUGUCAUUAGGCUCAAGCGUGAGGGAGAAGCACAUUUCGGCCUGCCUGAAAUCCCCGCUAUCCAAAUCCUCAAGUACCCCGUCAUUUCGAGCCUCGCCAACUAUGUCAACGCCCUGCUAUCCAAGGACAGCCAGACUGAGGAGUACGACCCCAUCGUUCCCCUCCAGCUGACGGGAAACAAAACGCCAAUAUUCUUCGUUCACCCUGGUGUUGGAGAGGUUCUUAUUUUCGUCAACCUCGCCAGAUACUUCCAGAACGAGCGUCCCUUUUACGCUCUCCGCGCUCGUGGUUUUGUGCGCGGCCACCCCUUCUUCACCUCCAUGGACGAGAUGGUGUCAUGCUAUGCUGCAGCAGUCAAGAGAACCCAGGCGACGGGACCAUACGCCAUUGCGGGCUACAGUUACGGCGGUGUUGUUGCGUUUGAGGUUGCCAAGCGGAUCGAGGCCAUGGGUGACGAAGUCAAGUUCGUCGGUCUCAUCAACAUCCCUCCUCAUAUCGCCGACCGAAUGCACGAGAUUGACUGGACAGGCGGUAUGCUCAACUUGUCGUACUUCCUCGGUCUCGUGUCGAAGCAUGAUGCUAAUGAUCUCGCGCCUGUUCUGAGACAGAUGACGAGGAAGGAGCAGGUCGAGGUGGUGUGGAAACUGUCUCCUCCUGAACGUCUCAUUGAGCUCCAACUGACGGCUGAGAAGCUCGACCACUGGGUGGACGUCGCCGGGUCCCUGAUUGAGUGCGGAAAAGACUACAACCCAUCAGGCGCAGUUUCUGCAGUCGACGUUUUCUAUGCUAUUCCUCUUCGUGGCAGCAAAUCAGACUGGCUCAACAACCAGCUCAAGCUAUGGUCUGGCUUCAGUCGCGGCGAGCCGUCAUAUACCGACGUGCCUGGGCAACACUACACGCUCAUGGACUCGGAUCACGCCCCCCAGUUCCAGAAGAUCUUCCGCAGUCGUCUCGAGGCUCGUGGGUUGUAA